AUGGACGCCUCCCCGCCGUCGUCGCCAAGUCAACUCACUCCGGAGAGCGGGCUGUCUACUCCACCUCCUCAUUCAGCCCGGAUGGAGUUUGCAACACCAAUGGCCUCAGAGGAGCUUGGGCUGCCGAUCCAGUCCACGUUGGUGCACCCACUGCAGAGCCCGCCUAGCCAUUCUACAGGGUUGGCUGAACCACAAGCUGUGACUCGCUCAACGAAUGGCUCGCCGACAGUGGUUGGGUCUUUGGGGAUGGCGUUAACGCCGACAUCACCACCCUCGGUGGUCUCGUCGUUCGGGAUUAUAGCGCCAGCCUCCCUGACUCCUACACCAAUGUCUUUGUGGCAUAGUGGGAGUCAUCCGGUUGCCGCUGAUGACUCGACAUCCACAGAUGAGGACUCCACAAUGCAGCGUCAAGCUUCACACAACCUAGACUACUCAGAAGAUGCAGGUCCUUCAGUGGUUAUCAAUGUGCAAAAUGAGCUGCAUUCUUCAGGGGAUGGGGUGAUCCCCAAGGUCCGUGCGAACCUCCGGCGCGUCGCGGCCGACCUGUUCACGCCGUACGCCGUACCCAUCGGUCCUUACCAUGAAAGCGCAGAUUCUUGGCAGUGGACGGAAGCGAAGAAGAGGGCCGUCCGCGAUCUAGUAAGCGUGGUUAACCUCUCCGGUCUGGAGCGGGUCAUGGAUAGAGUGCAGUACAGAGCGAGGGGAUACUACACCCAUCUGCCGGAGCCGGACGACCACGCCGGCGACUCAGCAAAGUUCUCCCGUAUGCUGCUGCUUGAUGGGUGUUAUCUGGUUAGCCUCUUUGUAGACUGCUACCAGCGUGAGGAGGCGACCGGAUCACCCAGCAGUCGGAGCAUAGUGUACAGAGACAACACUGUGGUGCGGGACAUCCUGUACCUCCUUGAGAACCAGAUACCUCUGUUUGUCAUCAACGAGAUCCUGAAUUACAUGAGAGCACCAGGGGAAGUGACAUCCGCUGUGGAGUGCAUCGCGAGGCCCGUCGAAGAGCUGCUGCAGAGGCAGCUGUACAUCAGCAAGACGCCGCGGGAGGCGCCGUCGACGUCUGUCCACCUGCUCGGCCUGGUGUACUGCUACAUGGCGUCGCCGCUGCAGCAGCAGCAGCAGCAGCAGCCGCAGCCGCAGGAGCGGACAUCAGGCCUUCUAACGGGCCCAUGGCGCCGGGCGACCGAGUACCGCAGGUACGCCAACCUGCUGUUCAAGCGCCGGGCCUUCGGCGCCGGCGAGGAGUGGAGCAUCCUCGACGUGGAGCUCGACGGAGGAAACCUGCGGAUCCCUCUCCUACGCGUGGACAGCAACACGUGGACGGUCCUGCGGAACCUGAUGGCUCUGGAGGAGCAGCAGGAGGCCAGGCCCGUCACGGCCUACUGCUACUUCAUGUCGCAGGUGGCAUGCACGGCGGAGGACGUGGGGCUCCUGCGGAGCGCCAUGGUUGUCGAGCAUUUCCUGGGCAGCGACGAGUCGGCCGCACAGGGCUUUGCCUGUCUGUGCCACGGCAUGGCCCUGGACAUCCACAACCUCCAGCGGAACUACCUCAAGCCCAUAUGGCACGCCGUGGAGAAGCGCUGCGGCGUCCCGGCGCACAACUUCAAGGGCUUCUUCCGCGAGAAGUACUGCGGUAAUAUCUUCUACCGCGUGGUGUUCUUCAUCGCCAUCCUCGUCUUUGUCUCCCAAAUGGUGCAGUCCAUCUAUGCGGUUAUUGCCUACCACAGACCCAAUACUCCUCCUAGUCGUGUUUUGGCAUAA